AUGAACAGAAGGGCCAGCAGAAGGGUUUUUUUCCUGGUCGUAAUCUUCCUGCUAAUGCCUGUGACCUGGACACGGAGAGGAGCAGCAGCUGAGACAUAUAAACCCUUACACCAAAGACUGAGGAGGCUGAAUCAGCAGUUCAAGAGAUUUCAACAGAUGGCCUUCACUCAUCUUCAGAGCAUUGCUGAAAAGUACAACAUUUCACAUAACAUAGACUCGCGAUUCCAAGUUUUGAGUCGGCAGUUUGAGAGGAUCUCAAGAGAGCUCCGCGCAUUUAAGGAAACGACAGAGCACAGCCUGAAUUCCCUCAAAUCCUGGACUAAGAGUCUACAGAAAAAGACCAAGAAGCUUGACUCAAGUCUGGCAAACAUGACGAGAGCUCUGAGGGAGAACAACCAUCUCAACCUUAGACAAAUCCAGAAGCAGAGAACGGUGUUGUCUGACCUGUCCCACAAGAUCCAGAAACAGCAAAGUCACAUCAGCUCUUUGGAGUCCUUAAGGAAUCAGGUGCAACAUGGGAUGCAGGACCUUCAGGCUUCUCUCAAAAGGCAUCAGGCCCAGAUAACGAAGUUGGAGAGUCAGAUGCAAGGGUUGUUCAAGAUAAUUUCAGCUUCCAAGGAAGGAGGUUUAGAUCCCCUCAAUGCUAUCAGGAAGCAACAAGGUGUGGUCCUGAGGCAUGUGCAGCCUAAACCGAAGUCUGAAGAAAACAGAAUAAGAGAUAGAUUGCCUUCUGGGCCCACCGAACAACCACAGACAUACAAAAUGUUGUAUGUACGGCAGAGCACCAUACAACCAACAGUUCAGGCUGAAGAGGAACUUUUUCAGCUUCCACUUCGACACAAAAUCCCACAUAUUCAAACCCCAAAGGAAGAAGCCAGAAUUUGCAAUGUGGGUUCGAUGCUUCUGUUCCCGUCUGCUUCCACUGAAAAUCAUGUCACCUUCCAGAGAAGUUUCCAAACUGGGAUACAUGAACUCUCUAUCUGCACUUGGCUAAAAGUAGAUGCCAAGUAUCUUGGAACAAUUCUUUCUUACGCCACAGAGAACAAUGACAAUAUGCUUGUUCUCUAUGGCCGGAACUCUGGCAUACUGGGCGUUAUGAAUUUUGUGAUUGGAAAUCCAGCAUAUCGUGAAUUAUCUUUACAAAAUAUCCUGGAUGGCCACUGGCACCAUUUAUGCAUCAUCUGGUCCUCCAUUGAAGGCAGGUUUUGGUACUAUUUGGACAGUCAUCUCAUAUCUCCUGCAUCCAAGUUCCAGAAAGGCUAUGAGAUCCCUCCUGGGGGCUCUAUGAUCCUGGGACAGGAGCAGGAUUCGAUUGGAGGAGACUUUGAUGAAGCUGAAGCAUUUGUGGGCAGACUGGCAGGCUUUGCAUUGUGGACUAGGAGCCUGAGCCAUGCGGAAGUGUCUGGACUAGCCUCUGGCAAAGGGGUGCCACGAGGAGCAGUGCUCAGCCUGGAUGAUGUAGACCAGAUGUUUGGCUCUGUUCAACAUAUUACCUGUGAGUGUCUGGAGUACUGCAUGUAA